AUGUCAUUUUAUUCUAUUUGGUACGAACGAAAUGUAUGCAAGAAAGUCGUCAAAAAGAAGUCACAAAAAAUAUACUCCAAAAUAUUGCCAGGCGAAUUACGUGAUGCAGCGCCUGUAGAUUUCACGGCUGCGCAGGUCACAGUACACGCAAAAAGAGACUGUCUCGUCUAUAACCUGGAAUUCAAAGCACGAGAAUCCAUUCCAUCAAAUGUUUCGUUGACAAAUCCCACAAGUCGCAGGUUUCGAAAAGCAAGUUAUAACGAUAACAGUCGAUCAACGCUCGAUUUGUCUACCGAAGUUACGAUUCCGUCGAUUUCUUCGUUUCAGAGACGAAAACAUAAGAGAACUUAUAAUAACAUUGAGUCAGAUGCCCUGUCCACAAUAUCAGCAAAUAGUCAACUGACGAAUGACACUUUGUGGGAUGGCUGGAUUGUGAAAUUUAUUAAUUACAAGGAAAAUAAUGUUGACGAUGGAUUAUUGGAAGACUGGAUUUUUUGA